AUGGAUUCCCACAAGACGACCCAUGAUAACACUGAGGGCCGCAGCCUCUCAGCUGCAAGCAUCGAAGAGGUCACGGCAGCACCACAAGGUGCAUCCUUUCCUGGGACAGAGGGGCCACGUCCAUUCAGGUUUUUCAUUGGUGGCCUCCCCCAGGAAGUGGAUGAGGACGCGGUAAAUGAACUCUUUUCUAGAUAUGGAACAGUCCGUAGUGUACGGCUAGCCAAAGACUAUGCUACAGGCAGAAAGAAGGGCUUCGGCUUUGUUACAAUGGAUAGCGGCGCGUCAGAGAGCGCCAUAUUUAACACUAUUCAAUAUCUGAGAGGAAAACGGAUUGAUAUCAGAAGGGAGAACGACAGCACCCCAACAGACUUCCCUAGAAAAGUCUUCGUUGGGGGCUUGCCACCCUCUUUGGGAAUAGAAGGACUCGCCACGGAGCUCGGCCGAUUUGGGGAAGUGGAGGCAGUGCAGAUCGUAACAGACUGCGGAGGGCAAUCUCGCUGUUUCGGGUUCGUAACUUUUAAGCAGAAGAGAGUGGCUGAGUCCCUCAUCGGCCAAGGUGCUUGUCGGAUUGGAGUAAGCGUGGCCUUUCAUAAGAGAGCAGCAACAACUUGA